UUCUUUAUUCCGCAUCGAAUUAAUGGUCAAAUUUACUGUUGGAGUCAAGAGAAUGGUGCGUCCAGCUCUAAUCCGAUUGAAGAAGUUUCUAGUGCGCAUCAUAAGUCAUUAUCGUGCACGGAUUGUUCAGAUAAUGCAUAUCCUAUCCGCGGCACUAUUAUUGAGCUCAAUCGCAUUCUUUUUCAUAUACGAAGUGUUUUACAUACUGCCAAACUACCUGGAUGCCUCAGGCUGCGCCUAUAAGUUCAACUGGCUUCUGCUUUUGUAUCUGCUGCACAAUAUACUGGGCAAUAUAUUGUAUUGCUGGGGGACAGACACGAGCUUUGUGGCAUUGCCCAAGGAUCGACAACAACCGCUGGCAACUGAGGCACAUCUGUGGCACUUGUGCACCCACUGCAACAUGCUGGUGCCGCCACGCACAUUUCACUGUCGCGUCUGCAACUGUUGCAUCCUCAAGCGCGAUCAUCACUGCAAUUUUUUGGCCAACUGUAUUGGCCAUGUCAAUCAACGGUAUUUCGUUGCACUGCUGCUGCACUUAACUCUUGGCUGUGCCAUCGCCCUCAUUUACAAUGUCCUCUAUCUGUGGGAGCAGAGGGGCGCCGUGCUUAGCAAUCCCAAUGAAUUUGUGGGCGUUUGUUUGGGCUUCCAUCCACUGCAUUUGACAAUGAGCAGAGAGGCCUUGUUCAAUAAUGAACUAAACUGGCUGAUAUUCAAUUGCUGUAUUCUCAAGUUAAAUGCGAUCGCCUUGAUGCUGGCCGGAGCACUUCUGAUCAUUCAACUCUUUAUGAUUAGUCGAGCGAGCUGUAUGCAUGCCAUUCGGGAUCGCAGCUACGAUUUGGGCUUCAGCUUCAAUAUGCGCCAGGUGCUGGGCAAACGAAUGCUCUGGACUAUGCUCUCUCCGAUGGUGCGCAGUCAACUGCCGCAGGACGGUACCCGGUGGCAACAGCCUCUGGACAACGAAGCCAAGAAGCCCGCCUGAAUCGAUUUCCCUUCACCCUCUGCAAAAUAUAUGUAUUUUUGUAAUGCGUUUAUCUUAUGC